AUGAGAAGUCAUCUUGUUUUGUUCGCACUCUUCUGGAUCGCUAAGCUGGUCAAAGGGUAUGGUGGAUUCACCUGCCCAAAUGGCUGGUGGCAGCGGCAGGAUAGGUGUUAUAAAUAUUUGAGCAAAUUAAUACCUUUACCGUACGAAACUGGAAAAGGCGAGUGUGCCUAUUUGGGGGCGCAACUCUACGUUCCGAACUCGGACAGCGAAUACGACGACGUCGCCGGGUUUAUAUCCUCGUCACCUCCUUUGUUUAACUACGUCUGGAUUGGAUGUGACGAGAAGGACAUCGAUGGCGUGUUCCAGUGCGUGGAUGGCACCCAGCUCGAUACUACAAGCGAUUGGUGGGAAGACUCGGAGCCCGACGCAGGAAAUGGUGAGAAGUGCAUUGACAUCAAGAUUAGCUUAUCAAAGCUCCUUGACAGUACUUGCACCGAUCUAGACAUCAUUCUAUGUGAAGGUCCAGCGAAUGCUCUUCCAACAUCGGCUGUUCCUACGACUGAAGGCAUAUCGACGAUCUUGACCUCUGGUGCUCCUUCAAUCACGUCGCCGUUAUCUGCAACUACAGCACAAUCCACCAUUGACACCACCACCCCCACCGCCACCACCAUCGACACCACCACUCCGACCAUUGACACCACCACCACCACCACCGCCACCACCAUCGAAACCACCACUCCGACCAUUGACACCACCACCACCGCCACCACCAUCGACACCACCACUCCGACCAUAGACACCACCACCACCGCCACCAACAUCGACACCACCACUACGACCAUUGACACCACUUACACUUCUAACACAACCACCAGCAGAACCACAAACACCAUCGACACCACCACCAAUACCAAUAGUGUGACAUUACGUCGAAAGAAAUCACGUACUCGUACCAGCACAACCACCAACACUACCGCCAACAAUACCACCAACACCACCACCACCACCACCGAUAACCCCAUCCGACGUCAGUCAGCAUUGUUCUUCGUUCAAGAGGAACCCGACGGGAGCCACCUCCCUGGAAACUGUCUUUCGGGCCACACUCUGGAGAAGCAUAAAGACAAGGAGAAGGCACUGGCAUUAUGUGAGUUUCAUGAUGCGCAAGUCUAUGUACCAAAUUCGGACAGUGAAUAUAAUGCCGUCUCCGUCUACCUAGCUUCCAAAUCACAUCAACUUACAAGCAGGUAUGUGUGGAUCGGGUGUGACGAGAUCGCGGACGAUGGCGUGUUCCAGUGCCUUGAUGGAACCCAGCUCGACAUCGAGAGUGAUUGGUGGGGUAACUCUUUCCCGUUGGCAGGGGGUACAUAUAGAUGCGUUGAUAUUGAUGUGGUCGCCUCCCCGUACAGAAUAUACGAUAUUUCAUGCGGGAAUUGGAACAUCGUUUUCUGUGAAGCCAAACCUCUUCUGUCAACAUCCGUUCCUACACAAGGGCAAGUGACCACCUCCUCCUCCUCAGCCACGCCUAUCUCCCUGACCAGCAUUGCUCCAAUGUUACCCACAAAUACGGCUAAAUUCACUGACGACACCACAAUCAACGCAGCCACCCCCAGCAGUACCAUCACCACGAUCACCGAUACUGCCACAUCAGCAGCCAUUAAUACGAACACUGACAACGAUAAUGCCCUCACUACCACAACCACGAUGACUACCACCGAUACUACCACAUCGGGUGCCACCAAUACCAACACAGUCAACGCUAAUGCCAUCACUACCACCAUCACGACUACCACCGAUACCAUCACAGCGGGUGCCACCAAUACCGACACAGUCAACAGCGUUAACGCCACCACCAUCCCCACGACCACCUCCACCACCACCAUUGCCACUGAUUCUACCACACCAGAUACCACAAGUACCGACAGCGUUAACGCCACCACCACCACCACCACCACCACCACCACUACCACGACUAUCACCGAUACUACUACAUCGGGUGCCACUAAUACCAACACAGUCAACGCUAAUGCCAUUACUACCAGCACCACUACCACAGAUACUACCACAUCGGGUGCCACCAAUACCAACACAGUCAACGCUAACGCCAUCACUACCACCAGCACGACUACCACCAAUACUAUCAGGUCGGAUGCCACAAAUACCGACAAAGUCAACAAUGUUAACGCCACCACCAUCCCAACCAACACCACCAACAUUAACACUGAUUCUACUAUAUUAGAUACCUCAAAUACCGAAAGCGUUAACGCCAUCAAUACCAUCACCGCGACUAUCACCGAAACUACCACAUCGGGUGCCAACAAUAUCAACACAGUCAACACAAAUGCCAUCACUCCAACCACCACCACGACUACAGAUAGUACCACAUCGGGUGUCACCAAUACCAACACAGUCAACGCCAACGCCAUCACUACCACCACAUAUACCAAUCGUGGUACCUCUCCAUGUGUCUGCCAAUUCACGUUUGAGGAAGAUUUCUGA